UGAGGAAGCCGGUAGCGAGCGUGUGCUGUGGGGAUCCGCUGCUAUGACUCUGGAGGAGAUCCACGGACAGGAGGCUGUGCCCGCCGGCCACGACUGGAUGCAGAGCGCCGGCAAGGCCCUCCGUGAGCUGCUGGUGUCGGCGCAGCGCCGCGGCUGCCUCACCGCCGGCGUCUACGAGUCGGCCAAGCUGAUGAAUGUCGAUCCUGACAACGUCGCUUUCUGUGUGCUGGCUACGGAUGAGGAGGAUGAGGGGGACAUUGCCCUGCAGAUCCACUUCACCCUGAUCCAGGCCUUCUGCUGCGAGAAUGACAUUGACAUUGUGCGGGUGAACGAUGUGGCCAAACUGGCGGCAAUCGUGGGGCCCAGCGAGGAGUCGGGGGAGCCGCGGGACCUCCAUUGCAUCCUUAUCACGAACUCAAAUGAAGAUGGCUGGAAGGACCAAGCUCUUGAAAAGCUGAACUUGUUUUGUGAAGAGAGGCGAAAUGUCAAUGACUGGGUGCCAACUAUCACCCUGCCAGAGUGAUGGUGACCCAUAGCACGGGGGAGGCUGAAACCUUUGUUGCAUUCUCAACAUGGUGUGGGUUCACCAAACUGUGCAACAAGCUGCUGAUUCCAUGGAUUAGCCUGGUCAAGAGACUGGAUUAAAGUCACUCAGACUGGCAUGCAGUGGGCUCUUACGGAGGAGAAAGAGGAGAACAGCUUACCUCACUAGUGAGCCUUACUAGGCUGCAACCGUGGAGAGGCUAACAUACCAUGGAACUGAAAGAAGUAUUGCAAGUUUCCUGGUCAAGUGGAGCUGUUUCAGAAGGCAGAGAGAAAGUUUGGGGAAGUGGGCCAAAACCUUCCAGAAGGACUGAACAGAGUACUGUAUCUAGGAACUGUCGGUGCUGUCUACAGAACACGAGAAGAAAGUUUCAAAUAUUUGAUGGACUACUAGGAACUGGUUACUAAGACAAAUACGGAGUCUCCAAAGUGGACAGAUCCACUUCAACAGGCCUCUUGGGUCACUCUUCAGAACUGGUUUAAUAAUGCAAUAAUUUCUAUUGAAAUAUUUGCUGCUAUUGAAGCUUUCAUAAUAAAUUUUUUGACAAUUAA